AUGAAAAAUCAAACUGAACUCCAUCACUUGCAAGUUUCAAGAAGACACAAUGACCAGAGGGAUAUAGUUCUAGAAUAUGGAGCACAUGUAGAGAAACUUCGAACAAAACUCUUUGAAUUACUAUCGGAAGCUCUUGGAUUGAAUCCAAACCAUUUAAAAGAUAUGGAUUGUUCUAAGUGGAUUAUGUUACUUGGUCAUUACUAUCCUGCCUGUCCUGAACCUGAACUAACUAUGGGAACCACCAAACUCUCUGAUGGUAGUUUCCUCACUGUGCUUCUCCAAGAUCAUAUUGGUGGCCUUCAAAUUCUUUAUCAGGAUAGCUGGAUUGAUGUACCUCCAAUACCUGAGGCUCUUGUUGUCAAUAUUGGUGAUCUUCUGCAGCUUGUAACAAAUGAUAGGUUCUUAAUAUUUUGUUUGUAUUACAUCCCUGUUUGUUAA